UCCUGCCGAAAGGAGCCGUUCAAUUUUUUUAUGCGUGUUCAUUAAAAACUCAUCAGACUCACUAAAUUUAUCCCAUUUCCCAUCUCACCCCUGACAUCCCCCAAAUAUUUGUAAGUCCUCUAGCACCCGUGAUUACGAACAAAUGAUCCCAGAAGUCCAGUUGUAUCCAGAAAAGCCCUCUUCAAUCUGCCACAGGUUCCGAGAACCUCUAUGGAAAAAAACCUUCAAAAGCCAAUAGACACAGGAAAGAAAAAUGAGGCGUACAUCUGUCCCGCAUGUGGAUGCAGGAAACGCCUCAUCACAAUGUUAAAUAUCUCCGAGAGAAGUGUAGGCGCAUCCCGACCUUUUAUUCUCCAUCUCUCUUCCUCUCUUUCUCUGUCUCUCCCCACACCUCUGGCAGCGCAGAUGCCACAGAGGAGGCAUUCACAGGUCCACAGCACCAGCUAAGCCUCCUUCUCUCAAUCCCAACAAACUCCCUCCAACCAAUCCCGAGAAGAAAGUCUUUACCACGUGUUCAGUGAUCAAUACCUUCCCCACCAAUUCUUCAACAUCUCUUCACUCUUUGAGACCUCUCACAAUCAGUGUUAAACGUAAGUGGCCCAAGGACAGUCAAGUUACCUCGCGUGAUGUUGUAAAUCGCGAAUACGUCAGAUUUCACAAAUCCCCGGUCAUUUAAUUGUUUACAUUUUCGAACCACUAAAAGUUACAUUAAAAAAUUCAUUUCGCUGAAUUGUAAUUACCUUGAACACUUGCAACAUCGAGACAGAUCCAAAUGACAGCUCGUAAAGGAAGAAAACAGAAUAAUUACGUUAUUUCGAAUUUGUCAUCGCUGAUAAGAUAAGUGAUGACGGAAUUCGACAUUCUUGAGUACUGAACCCACCAGGAGAACAGAAAAAUGUGUGAUUAUUUUGGAAUAACUGCUCGCACUGAAGGCAAUCCUAAAGGAUAUGGAAAAAAAGGAGGAACAAUUGAGAAUUGUUCGAGAAAUUUUUCUCGGUUUAAAUCGCGAGUUUCUCAGUCGAGGAGUGAAAUUAAAGACUUUGAAGUCUUUAGCGGAACGAAGAGACUCAACAAAUGGCAAACAGUUCGUAGGCCUCGUCAGCUUCAGGAUAUUUGCAAUAGGAAUUUUUAUUUCCAUAAUUUGUGGACUAAUCGUUCGUGGGCGUGACGAUUUAGUUAAUUAUAUUUUCAAUUCGAGAUGCUACAUUCCGAAUAAUUAUUUAGUCUGGGAAUUUACGAGACCAGUGUCAGACUGCGAUUACUGUCGCGGAAUAAAUUCUGCUAUAAUCAUCGAAAAUGUUACCAAAGAGAAAUUUGAGGAAUUUGCGUACAGCUCUAGGCCGAUUAUCGUGAAGAGGGCGAUUGAGCACUGGAAGGCUGCUGAGGUUUUUAGUCUUGAGUUUUUCAGGGAUUUGUAUAACAGAAUUGAGGGGAGUUAUGAAUCGGUGGAGGAGGAGUGCCAGUUUUUGCAUUUCAAGAGCAACUUCUCAAGUCUUAGGGAAGUGUUUGAGAUGAGUGAAGGACGGAGGCAGAACAGGGAGGGAGGGAGCUGGUAUGUGGGAUGGAAGAACUGCCAUCCUGAAGUACUCGAAGAGAUGAGGAAGUAUUAUGAAACGCCGACGUUCUUUCCGGAUGAUGCCGAGGUACCCCAGACGAAUUAUGUGUUCCUGGGAUACGACGAGGGCGCGAUCAUGCAUUUGGAUUAUAUUCCGCGACUGAUGUGGCAGGGUCAAGUCUUGGGGGAUAAAACGUGGACUGUAGCGCCGACUCCAGAGUGCGAUAGCGUCUGCAAUAAAUUUAAUUUCUCUGUAAGCAAAGGAGAUCUCAUUCUGCUUGAUACAAGGAUUUGGUACCAUGCGACCUACGUUGAGAGAGGACAGCUCAGUCUCACAGUGACGUCCGAAUACGGAUGAUUAUUAUAUACAUAAAAUCUUCAAAUUUUAUACCAAAGUGUUGGAAGAUAACAAGUCCAGAUUAUUUACGACAUUUGAGAAAAUAAUUGUGAAACCACUGGUUCCUGGAGGAAAAUCAUUUUGUUUUUCCAUGAGAUUCUCCGUAACCAAAAACUAUUGAUAAUUUUAUUUAGUACAAUAUUAUUAUAAUAUAAUUGUUAUCAUAUAAUUAUAGUUAUAAAUGCCACUUGAGAAGAUGAAAGAAGAGCGAAAAUCUCAAUUUUUUCAGAUCUAAUAGCAAGUUUUGUACAAUAGUUUUAAAAUUGAUUGACUAAUUCGAAAAACCUUUGAGGAGCCAAAUAUUUCUGAUAAAUGAUUCGAAACUGUCGUCUGUCCGGCAUCUUUAGCCGUAAAUCAUCUAAUUUUUUACGGACUUGUUUCUUCCCAGCCGAUUAUUUUUAUACAAAGAUUGCACAUAAAUUAAAAAAAUAUUUUUUAUAAUUUUAUAAAUGUUCGCCAAUGUUGGUCAGGGUAUUUUUUCAAUAAUAAAAACAGUGGUGCCAUG